GAUUCGUAAUCUAUAAAAGCUGAAUGUAAAAGACCGACCUUGCGUAAUGUCAGUAGAUCGCUUUAACUCAUCGGUUAAUGAAAGUUUUGGAAAAUUAAACAAAAUGAAAGUGAUUAUUAUUCUGAUGUUCGUGACCCUCGUUGCUGCCCAACAAAGACAAUACACAAAUAAAUUUGAUGGCGUGGAUGUUGACAGUGUACUUACUAAUAACCGCAUUUUAAAUAAUUAUAUUAAAUGCUUGAUGGAAAAAGGACCUUGUACUGCUGAAGGACGAGAACUCAAAAAAUUGCUUCCAGAUGCUCUUCAAACCGAUUGCUCCAAAUGUACUGAAACACAAAAGAGGAAUUCUCAAAAAGUCAUCAAUUUUCUUCGCGUCAAUAAACCAGGAGAGUGGAAACUUCUUUUAGACAAAUACGAUGCCAAAGGCAUUUACAGAAGUAAAUAUGAAAAACAGGGAUAAAUUUUCUUUUGACAAAAAAAAUACAUAUAUAAAUGUUUAUAAAUAUAAUUCGAAUAAUUAUUAAUUUUUCAAUGAUCAUAACAAAAUUUUGCAAAACAUACUUCAUACUAUAUUUAUACGCAUGUACAAAAUGAAAAGAAUUUAAUAAAAAUUAUUAAUAUUGAAAAAAUGUUAAUUUGAUUGUAUUUUUAAAUAAGAAUAUUGUCAUUUAUUUCAGUAAAUAAUAUAUUAUUUUGAUAAACAAAAAUUUUAAAAACAAAACAUCUAAAUAAUUCAAAUACAAAUUUAAGCCAAAAUAUAAU